AUGGCCGACCCGAUAACCCCCAAGAAAUCUCUAGUCGCCGAGCUUCACGAGAAUCGAAAGACUCCCACACGCGAGUUCGAGCUUCCGGCCAGCAAGGAACCCGCCGUCAACAACAAGCAGGCGGCACCAACUGAGGCCUCUCUGGAGGAUAAACUGGAGCAUGAGUUGGCAGAGGGAAAGCAUCUCGACGAACAAAUUGCAGAGUUGGAGGCCCGUAUCAAGAACCGCAAGGAACAAGACAGAUUCUUGCAGGGGGUCGUGCCGGAUUUUGAUAAAGACAUGCAGAUAGAGUGUGCCGAGGAAGCCCUCAAGCUAUUGGACUUCGUCGACCUCCUCCAUGGCACUCCCAUUGAGGCCGCUUGCAAAGAUUAG